GAGGAGGAGGAGGAGGAGGAGGAGGCCGAGGCUUGGGGGGCGUCGCGUCAUGCCGGAGGGACGAUGAGCCAGAGGGACACCCUGGUCCAUCUCUUUGCCGGAGGAUGUGGGGGGACUGUAGGUGCAAUUCUGACAUGCCCACUGGAAGUUGUAAAAACAAGACUGCAGUCCUCCUCGGUGACACUUUACAUCUCUGAAGUUCAACUCAAUACUGUAAAUGGAGCUAGUGUCGGCCGUGUGGCUAGAGUCUCCCCCGGACCUCUCCAUUGCCUAAAGAUGAUCUUGGAAAAAGAAGGUCCUCGUUCGUUAUUUAGAGGCCUUGGCCCUAAUUUGGUGGGAGUGGCCCCUUCCAGAGCAAUAUAUUUUGCCGCAUACUCAAAUUGCAAGGAAAAAUUGAAUAAUCUGUUUGAACCAGAUUCCACCCAGGUUCACAUGACCUCGGCAGCAAUGGCAGGUUUUACUGCAAUCACAGCGACCAACCCCAUUUGGCUAAUAAAGACUCGGUUGCAGCUUGAUGCAAGCACCUCACCUCAAUACAGCUGCCCUGGGAGAGACGUGAGGAGAAUGAGCGACGGCAGGAUACCCAAACAGCUGCUGUACGGAGAGCUGAAAUUGGGACACCGAAACCAGGAGGGCAGAGGAAGCGUUUUAAGGACACGGAACCGUGGGGAAAAGCGAAUGAGUGCUUUUGAAUGUGUUCGUAAAGUGUAUCAGACAGAUGGACUUAAAGGCUUUUAUAGGGGAAUGUCGGCUUCCUACGCUGGCAUAUCGGAGACUGUUAUUCACUUUGUUAUUUACGAAGGUAUUAAACAAAAGCUACUGGAAUAUAAAACUGCGUCUAAUGUGGAUGAUGAGGAGGAGUCUGUGAAAGAAGCUUCAGACUUCGUUGGAAUGAUGUUGGCUGCGGCCACCUCCAAAACAUGUGCCACGUCCAUAGCAUAUCCACAUGAGGUUGUGAGAACAAGGCUACGGGAAGAGGGAACAAAAUACAGAUCUUUCUUCCAGACACUGUCUUUGGUGAUCCAAGAAGAAGGUUCUGGGUCUCUCUAUCGAGGUCUAACAACUCAUCUGGUCAGGCAAAUUCCAAACACGGCCAUAAUGAUGGCCACCUAUGAACUGGUAGUCUACUUCCUCAACGGGUAGCGACGUUCUGCUGCUGUCCUAAGAAGGUGCAAGACCAAAAGAUGUAGUGGACCAUGAAAUGUCAAACCAUCCUGGAGGACAGAAGAAGAAAAAAACCAAUCAUUCGGGAACAUGUAUGGAAGAUCGGCGGCAACUAAAAGCAAUUCUUCUGCCUUAUUUUGGUCAUUUUGGCAAUGUGACGCGACAUGGUCUAACCUGAAGGGAAUGCCUUUAAAACACCCCAGAUUUUGAAAUUGCUAUUUUCUCUCUCUGUUUCCCUGACCCAGUAUGGUUCUGGCUCUGCUUAGGAGAGUGGGAGUGGCUAGCAGCCAGCUCUUAGAUCAAGGGUGCCUCUCCACUCUUCUAAGUGAUAGCAUCUUAAUUUGACUUUUACGGAAUGGGGGCCUGAGGAAGGUGGGGUUGACUAGGACAGGAUUUCCAACUCUCUGAUUCCGUUUAACUCCAUGUGAAGUUAGCAGUGAACUAAAUAGUUACCCUUCCGAAGUACUACGUCUUGCACUGCACCCUACCAAAUCUGGCCAAGGAAUCUAAAAGUGGAUUCUUUCUCGCUAGCGUCUGCCAUUUGCGGUCCUUUACAGUGCAGCAUCUAAAGAGUAUCACGUGCCCCUUACUAUUGGAGUGCUUUGGUUUAUACUUCUGCCAGCUGCUUACAAUUGUGGUUAAACAGACGUUUAGUUCCCUCCUAAGUGCAUAUGUGAUUCCAAAGGUAAUUGUACUUGGAGUAGAUUAUAGAUCCACCUGAUCUGAUGGGAAUCGAACCAAAGAAACGUUAAGAUUUAGCACAUACUAAAAUCCUAACCCAACUACGAAAGAAGGCAAGAAGCAUUCUGCCUUUGAGGGAACCGUUGGCUACAAAGCUAUUUUCAUCAUUCUUCCCGAAGAGCUUACCCUGAGUCAUGACUGUUCAGUUAAGAUGACUUUGAAUUCAAGGGAGUGGCGGGAGGAGAAAUAUUUCACCACAGGUAUAUAUUGUGAUUGAUUGUUCUUAGAACUCUUCCUGUUUCAUAAGAACAUAAAGCUGUAAUUCAUUUUUCGGCGACUCGAAAUUAAACCCAAUCGAAUGAGAAAAUAAUUGAGACUCUUGUUUAAGCGUUGCCUUUAAAAGAAAACUGUGGAAUCCCCUUCUUAACGAGCAACGGUUUGUGAAAUUCUAUAUGGCAGAAUAAACAUUAUGUAAAGGAAGCCCCUCCAAUAUAUUGUCAGAUUCUUCAGGUAGGGCUUUUAAUGGAUUUGGUUUUUGUCAAGCGGCAUUUACCAACCAUGCAUUUUGUAUUUGAGAAUACAAAAAGACCUUACUUAUACUAUCAUAAUUUACUAAGUGACAAAUCACAGAAAGAUAUGGAAGUUAAAUGCUCUAACAAUAUCAUAUCGCUUUUAAAACAUUUAGAUUUCUGAAUUGCACCUUCUAAUACUUAUAAUUCGGUUAUUGUCUAUUGCCCUUAAUAGAAGUGUUCAGCAUAAUUUUGUGUCAAUAAACUUCUACCUAUGGAUGCUGCUACACUGGAGGACAAAACAGUGCAAUUAAACUCCAGUGUGGUACUUCAGUGUACAUUAAACUGUGCAUUGUGUGCAAUGGCUUUAUAUUUAGAAUGACUCCUUAUGCACUUUGUGGCCUUCCUUUUUUGGCUUGUGAAUUUCUCUGUUCAGAUUUUAGAGUAUUGAUCACGUGUGGUCAGGACUGUUCAAGAUAUCCUGGAUUCUUUGCAAAAAGCAGUGUGUUUGAAGCCCUGCAGAAAAUUAAGGCAUCAGGACCACUCACAUUAAGGGAGACCCUCUAAGUAAAGUCUCACGUGUAUCGAGCAACUCAUUCUUUUCUCUUGAGCACCGUAGCGACCCCAACGCUAUUAUAAAGUUUUCGAAAUCCCCUGUAACAGUAAAGAAGUUUCCCCCUGCAGUCAUCAGCGGGACACAAAGACUUCGCAUUUCUUAAAAAGGACAGUGACAUUCUUAAGGUGCUCUCACUGGAAAUACCUAAGUAUCCUUGGCUGAUACGAGACCAAAAGUGAAUUAAUUUGCUUAACGUUUUUAUAUUGAAUUCUCUCAGACUUAGAUUUGGCAAUCAUGUCUUGUGAAAAACGAACUGAAUCAUUGAAGGGAGGGCUCUCCUAGCUGAUGUUCACAGCCUGAUGUGUUUGACCUAACUUUUCUGCUGCCCCUGGUGUAGGGUCUAAUACAGUGCCAUUGUACCCCAAGGGUGUACAGUACAGUAACUAGGAGGUAUUGAAUACGUGCGUAGAAGUUCUUCCAGUUUUGCUAGUGGCCUCGGCAUUCCGGGCCUAGACGGUGCGGCAUAUUAACAAAAGAGACGAAUUUUCCUCAAGGAGACGGUAAACAGCCCGAUCCUAUUCAACAGGCUUGUGUUGACUUUUCCUUCAGAGCAUACACUUAGCUUUUUAAUGAAGUAAAAGUAUUGAGGAAGAAGGGAUUUUGAUGAAUCUUGUCUGUAGUUCCUAACGAUGUUGAUUGAUUUGGAGAAGAGCACCCAAGGUUAUUUUCUUUGUCUAGCUUUUACAAAAAUUGCAAUUUGUUGAGAUACAAGGUAAAAAUAGGUCUGUAGGGUCUGUACAAAGGUCAAUUAAAAGGGUUUCCCAGAGACUUCAUAAAAUGUUUCACUCUUUCCGUUUAUAUUCCUAAAGUAAAGGCGUUCUCCUCCUCGUCACAGACUCAGCUUUGUAGUCGGGCUUUUUCUGUUUCUUCUGUAUGAUUUCUAGAAUAGGGGAAAGACUUAGCGUUCUAUUUUGGUAUCUCCUCCUAUAUAAUCUUCCCAGAAAUGGAAUUAAGUGGGCUCCUAGCUGACUGGAGUUUUUAAAAACAGGAAAAGAAAAAGGUCGAAUGAUAACGUAGCCAGCUGGUGGCGCACCGGUUCAUAGAAUCUCACUCCCUAGAUUCCAGAUUCAAUUCAAGCCUAGUCCACUUUUAACUACAGUUGCUGGGUGGAUUCGUUCAUUCGAUUGUAUUUCUCGAGCGCUUACCGUGUGCAGACCACCGUACUGAGCGCUUGGAAAGCACAAGGCCGCCGUAAAUAUAAGCACCGAAACGUUCUCAUCCCACCACGCCCUCCACUCUGAGAAACAAAACGAUUAAAGUUGCGUCGCCCCUCCGAUCGUCUGUUUGGAACUUGGUAGACCAUGGUAGAGUUUUGUUGUUAGAUCAGUAGAUUAUGAACAUGUGAUUCUCUCGGCCCUGACGUGCCAGUCACAGUGCGAAACAGUGCUCUUAUCAGGACCGGCUGAGUUGAAAGUGGUUUAUCUAGCUCGUAACUAAACUCUAAAUAUCGUUUGAGGGUUUUCUCUUAGUCUUAAACUACGACAAAGGUUCAUAUAAAUGGUGAUGUUUUUAAGUUAUUUUCAAGUCAGUGAUUAAACCAGCCAGCCCCUUCUCCGUUGAUAUCGUGAGCGGCUUGUUUACAUAAAUCCUCCAAACAACCUGUCAGUGACACCUCUUGGGCUGGUACAGUUUGACCUUUUUUUUCCUUUUCAUUUUGAUCACGACUUAAAGCAUUCCUAAAUAGAUACAAUUCUUUCCUUCUUUAGAGUUCAAAUCAGAAAGCUUUGGAACCGUUCCUUAACAAAGCUCUUAAAGCACAAACAAUUGGAAUGCCAAACACGAUCUAAUUAAGUGCGUAGUUCUCCCUGUCCGUGCCCUUUUUUAUAUUCAAUUUUCAGUUUCAAGCAAGAUCUACAUCACUCCGCUUUGAAUCUGCACAUCCUAUAUAUUAGGCCUUACUGGAGUAACAUUCUCACCCUCUAAGAACCGAAAUCCUCUGACAUUAAUGUGAGCCGGCGAUUCAGAAUUUACGAAAGUGCUGUAAAUUGUCUGCAUUUACUCUGUAUUUGUUAUUUAGCUGAACUUCUGGAUCAUAUUAAAAUUUAAAAACUUUAAGUCAUA